AUGACAAUAAUGAUGAUACGGACAAUUAGUCAAUUGUAUAUACAAAGUGUUGAUUAUGUCAAUACUGCUAGUCUUCGUUCUUAUUUGUAUUCAUCUUCAAAAUGGUCUUUGGAUCGUCGACAUUCUCCAUCCAUUGUUGAUAAUGAAUUAACAACAUCAGAAUCUGUAUUAUCACGUAGACGACCUCUACUGUUAUCAAGUGAACGACGAAAACGUUGGACAAAAGAAGAAGAUAAUGAUGAAGUUGAAAUUCCAAUUGAUGAAACAAAUAUUGAACAAAUUAGUAGUACAACUACUAUUGAUAAUGAAUCAACAGUAUUACGAAAUAAUUCGAAUGAUAUAUUUUCAUUUGAUUCAACUACAGUCAUAGAACAGUUAAAUACAAGCAUUUCUUCAGUAAAUGUUGAUGAAAAUUCUACUAUAAAUUCAACAACAAUAGAAAUAAAAUAUCCAUUAUUACGACAAGAUUCAAUUGAAAUUAAUGAAACAAAUGUACUAACAACUAUUUCAACUAAUGAUGAUAUUUUACAAAAUAAUACAACUGAUAUUGAACAAUCAAUUGAAAACAAUUAUAAUUCAACUACAAUUAAUAACAUAUUUCCAUUAACAACAUCCAAUGAAAUCAUUGAUAUUAAUUCAACAGAAUCAGAAACAUUAUCAACAAAUGUUACUGAUAUCAAUCAAGUAGUAUCAAACGAAUCCGCUACUAAUACAAUCGAUAAUCUGACAACUAUUGAGAUCAUCAGCAAGUUUUAUAAUGAAACUGAAACAUCCUCAAUUCCAAUUUCUGUAAAUCAAACUAUAGAAGAAACAUCAAGUGUUUCUCAAAUUGAACUUUCAACAGUAACUAAAUUAGAGUCUGAUACAUCUGCUAUUUUUCUCAAUUAUACUACAAUUCUUCCUGAUGAAACAGAUGAUAAUCAAACAUUAAUUGAUUCAGGAACAACAAUUGUUUCAGAAUAUAAUACCACAAUAAUUGAUGAAAGUAUCGAUACUACAAUCAUUAUUAAUGCUACACAAAAUAAUAUAACAUCGAUCGACGAAGGCAUAACUAUGACUACAAUCAUAUCAGAUAUAGUAAAAAAUGUUACCACGAUAAGUGAUCAAGAAAUAGGUGAUACUACUGUGACUUCAGAAGUCACACAAGACGAUACAUCAACUAUAAUUACUGAUGAUGAUGAAGAAUAUUCAAAUGAAACUAUAAUUUCUUUACCAGAAACAACUAUAAAGCCUAUAUGUGAUCUUUCAUGUCUAUGUUCACAAGAAUGUCCAUAUGGAUUUGAAAUUAUUGAUAAAAAAUGUCAAUGUGAUCCACCUUGUAAAAAUUAUCAAUGUUUUGGUGAUGAUAUAUGUACUGUAACCAAAAAAGGACAAGCUUUAUGUAAACCAAAAGAUGGAAUCGAACAUGAUCGUCCAAUUCGUUGUUAUCAACCACGAGAUGCAGGUUAUCAUGAUAUUAGUUUUCGAUAUCAUAAUCGAUGGUACUAUGAUCCUAAUCAAGAUAAAUGUCAUUUAUUUGUUUACCGUGGUUUGGGUGGAAAUGAAAAUAAUUUUGAAACAUUACAUCAAUGUCAUUUAGAAUGUAUUACUUGUGCUCCAUCACCAGAUCGAGGUACAUGUUUAGGUCGUCUUCCAAUGUGGUAUUAUGAUUAUAAACAAAAACAAUGUUUACAAUUUGAUUAUUCAGGUUGUAAAGGUAAUGAUAAUAAAUUCUUACGAAAACAAGAAUGUAUUGAUACAUGUGUUACUCGAAUACUUAAUCUUUAA